AUGAGGAGACGCGCCGCCGGCGAGGCGCUCAGGGAAAUCGACGCGCUGUGGCGGCAGCACAACGACGGGAAGUUCGGUUACAGCGUGCAGCGGAGGAUCUGGAAGAAAUUGAAUGGGGAUUUCACGACGUUCUUCAUCAAGGUGGGGUGGAUGAAGAAGCUAGAGAGCUCAGAGGUGGAGCAUUACAAUUACAGGAGCUUUCCGGCGGAGUUUAUGUGGGAGAUGGAGGAGGGGCCGCCGGAGGGGCAUAUGCCGCUGACGAAUGCGCUGAGAGGGACGCAACUGCUCAGCUGCAUUCUCAGUCACCCGGAUUUUGAUGGAGCAUAUGAAGGAUCAAAAUCGGGUUUAAUACAGUUGACCGUUAAAUAUAGACGGAACAGUUAG